AUGGCCACCGUAGAUGUGCGAGUCAUUGGCGAGAGCUCUCCUGGGUCGACCGGAGGGUCGGGCGGCGGCUUUGGCGGCGGCGGCUUUGGUGGUGGCGGCUUUGGUGGUGGCGGCCGCGGCGGCGGCGGACAUGGCCGCGGAGAUGGGGGCCGGCGCGACAUGGAUGAUGAAGAAGAUGAAGAGGAAGACCUGAGCAAGUUUUCUCGCAGAAAGUGCCAAAGGUGCGGGAAGAUGGAGUACCUCAGGAAAGGUGGUUGCGCCAAUCCUGCCUGCGAACUGUUUUUCGCGACGCAAGCGAAUUGGCAGUAUGCGCAGAAGGGUUCCGACUCCGCUCGCAGCUGGAGCGACAGGUCCCAGUACUCCAGCAUGUUGCAGCGGAAGUCGAAGGGAAGCAGGCAUCGAGACCGUGGCUUUGCGCGCGGCUACAGCACGACUGAGAGGGCGCGGCGGCCUCGUGCAACUGCUGCUGCGGCGGCUGCUGGGACUCAUGAGCCUGCAGCUAGUGUGCCUGCAGCUCCUGUGCCUGCAGCUCCUGUGCCUGCAGCUAGUGAGGCUGCAUCUUCGGUACCUCCGGGGAUUUUAGCCUUGCAGAAGCGCUCGGCUUUCCCUUCACCAGCAGGAGCAAGGGGGCCAUGGCACACGCCUUAUGCCUUUGUCGCCAGUGGAGCUACAAGAAUCAAUACCACUUCUUGGACCCCAACUUCGCUUCUGCAUCGCAGCAGUCCCCGGGUGCAAAUGGAAAUUGGGGUGACAUGGCAGCAGUCCAUGCUGCCGGCAGUUGGAGGGGAUCAGUUUGGCGCUGCUCUGGCUGCUGUGCCGCCGGUCGCUGGUGUUGCCGACAUGCUUGCCGCUAUGAUGGGAGGAGCAGCCAGUGCGCGGCCGGCUUUCCCAGGUUGGCCCGCACCAGCAAAUGGACCACCUGCUGUGCCACCAGCUGGGACUGCUGCUGUGACACCAGCUGUGGCUGCAGAGGUGCCUGUGGGAACGGUGCCUGCCGAAGCUGAGCCGGGGGAAUCAGAGGCGCCUUCGCGUCGUAGACGCGCAGCUAAGGCAAAAGCCAAGAGGGCUGCAAAGCCUGCUGCCAAGAAGGCUGCGGCCAAAAAGGCUGCUGCUAAGAAAGUCAAGAAGCCUGCCAAGGGCCGCAAAGGAUUCUAA